GUAAAUAUAUUUACCCAUUGUCAAUAUUGCACGUGCCUUGAAUCAGCGACCCUGCUUCGAUCCAACGAGUGUGUACUCAGGCAGCCUUGCUGAUGUAAACAACACUCAUGUGAAAUGAAGAAUCAUCAUCAUGUACCGACUGUUUUCUUGGGGUGCAAAUUCUCAUGGACAGCUGGGGCACGGUGACGUCAAUGAACAAGUCGUCACACCCAAGGAAGUCGAUCUGAGUUUCGCCAACAUCGAAAUCAGUAAAAUAAAAAAAAUCGUCGGCGGUGCGGGUCACAGUAUUAUUUUGGACGAGUACGGUGGAAUCUUUAGCUGUGGCUGGAACGGCAGGGGUCAGUCAGGUUGCACCGAACAGAAGAGUUUGCGCUUCAAAAGACUGGAGAGCUUCGGGGGCCAAAAGAUCGUCGAUGUCGCGUGCGGCUGGGACUCCUCAAUGGCACUCACGGAUCAAGGCGAGCUUUUCGCCUGGGGCUCCAAUUUUCACGGACAGCUAGGCUUGCCUCGGGUCAAGAGCACGAGCACACCGACGAGGGUAGAGUUGGAAGUGCCGAUCGAAAAAAUGUCCAUUGGGCUGAGACAUUCCGCCAUAGUUACGCGAGAUUCCAAAGUUUUGGUCAGCGGAGCUGCGACGAAAGGUCAGCUCGGAGUUGAUCUCGACGGCGCUCGUACAUGUGAUCGGUUUAUCGAAGUGCCCGAAUUACAUGACAUUAGCGGCGUAUCUUGUGGUCAACAUCAUACGAUUGUUACGACGAGGAAUGGCGAAAUAUUCUCUUGGGGAGACAAUAAACACGGCCAACUGGGAGUUGAUCCACAAAUAUGUAAAACAGCUUCAAGUCCAAUGAAAAUUUUAAAUGACACACCAGCUGAUGUUACAAGGAAAAUUUACUGCGGUUGGACUCAUUCUGCCAUUUUAACUUCUGGUGCUCAACUCUUGUUUUGGGGAAGAAAUACGUAUGGUCAGUUGGGCCGCACGAAAACAACCCCAAAAGAAGAACUGUGGAAAGCUAAAUCGCCAACAACGUUGAUUCAGGCUCAACAGUUAUCCCUGGGAUCAGAGCACAACAUUCUUCUUACUGGUGAUGGAACAGUUAUGUCUUGGGGAUGGAACGAGCAUGGAAAUUGCGGAAACGGGUAUACGGAAGAUACUUUUGAGCCCACGAAAGUAUUACUGCCCGAUUGCACGGGAGUUCUUGUAGGCGCUGGUGCGGGACACUCGUUUGUGAUCGUUAAAAUGAAAACCAACAAGUGAUUGAACAACAAUUGUGAAUGUACUUUCAAGUACGUUGUACAAAAU